GCAAUAAUUCUUGGCAUAACUGUACUUUUUGGAGGAGGGCAAAUAUCAAACAAAUCGGUAAGACAACUUACGAACGUUGUACAUUAUGUACAAAUAAACAUAUCGUGCACAGCACAAGAUACAAAGUAGAUAGGAAGUAUAACAUUUGAUUUCGAAAGGAGGAAAUUUUGAACUAACAUUUUUUCCGCAUUGCACUAUUCAUUUUUCCUUUUCAGAAAAUUAUCCGAGUAUGUCUGAGUAUAUAUUGUUUUAUAACUGCCAUUGUGAGUAUUGUUCUCGAGGCUCCGGAUUGGAUGAGAUAUCUCUCGGAUAACCGAUCACCUGAUCAAACUUGCAAACUGGCAAUGAUUGCUGUUCCUGGAUUACAAAGAGGUAAAAUACGUUUUUACAAUCAUGCAUUGCAUGGUUGAACAUUUUGUCCUCUAUUUAAAUCCAGUUGUAAGCAACUACCAUAUAAGCGCAUACACACAGCAUAUUCGCGAAGUAAAAGACCAAAUAAAUUUUACAGACGUAAAAACCAUAGAUAUCUUAUAUACACUAGAUAGUGCAUCUAAUUAUUCUGCAAUUCAAAAAUUGAAGUCGUGAUUGCAGACUCAGGAUAUUCCCAUGAAAUGAGAAGACUCGUAUGUUUUCUAUUUCUUAAACAGGGAACUUAAACAUUAAGUUAAACCUAUUCCAAAUACAUUUUCAAACUGUUCAAAUGAUGAAAGUUAUUGUUGUUUUUUAAGCGUUUAUUAGCGUGUGGGAAACUAACCGCGGGUAAUUAACCGCUGGAAUAUUCUUGGCUUCAAUUUUACUAAAAGAGAUGCGCUAUCUAGUGUAUAUAAGAUAUCUAUGGUAAAAACGCACAAGUUGUAACAAAUCUGCAGCAAACUCGUGUAGCAAUGCUGUUCCAACAAGAUUGACAACUUGUUGACAAGUUGUCAACGACUUUUUGACAACUUGCUACAAGGUUGUUGAGCUCAAAAGACUUGUUACAAAUUGUUCCAUGCAACAACUUGUUGUCGUCCUGCAUAAUUUAACAAGUUGUGAGUGACAACCUUGGAGCAACAUUGUUACAACUUGUUGACAAGCUUGCUACAAGCCUAGCUCAUGUUGCGAACACAUCUUGUUGACAAAUUGUGAGAUUUUUACAAUACGUGCGUACAUUUAAGGGAAACAAGAAGGACAAAUUAAAAGUUCCAAUGGCAAUUGGGUGUAGAUAAAACGCUGACACCAAAGUGACAUUUUUUGGACAUAAUAAAUUGGACAAUAUAUCAUCCAGUUUAGCCUUAAUUUGACCGGCUUCUUUUGCUUUUCUUAAAUCUUGAGUUUCAUGAUGGAACAUUUCAGAGUCGGCUGUUUCAAGGAAUUUAAGUUCUUCACAUUCUGCUAAUAUUUCAGCUUUCUCAUAGAUGUAAUUUACAAUGCUUUAUACAGUACCGUGCAACAGUGAAAUGAUUAAUUAACUCAUUUUCAGUCUCAACAAUGUCAUUAUUCAUUAACACAUUUUUUUUCUCAAUAUAUUUUCAUAGAAAUGCAGUAUUCAGAGUACAGUUGCAAACGGCGAACGUCCUAUGCAUGGUCUGUCGGUUUCAUCACGGUUUCUGCCGUGUUGCUCAUUAAUUACAGCGUUUGUUCAAUCUUACUGCAUGUAUGGUUGGCUAUAAAAGAUCAGGUAAAACCAUAAUGACAUAAACCGUUAUUCCGAAUUUAAAUACAGCAAUAAUAAUUAAAUCCUUGCAUCCAUGACCCAGAGUUAUGUGAGGUCAGUGUGGAACACUCUACUCAGCACUAACGCCAUAAAACAAAUAAAUGAUACUCAGGGCGUUUUGGGGAGAGGGGGCAUCCACAGAUAGGGAACAUACUAUGCUAAAUGUGGAGAGAUACAGAUGGUUGUUUAAAAUAUAAGAUAUUUACAACACAAUCUUUAGCAUUUUAGUAAAAAGACAUUGUCAUUGAAUCAUUUGAAGAUUAAUGACGUGACAUACCCAUCCUUUCAACUCUGUAAAUCUUAUAUUCAAGGAUCAAUUACCAGAAUAUCAAACAUCCGUUCUAAAUUUCAUUUUCUUCCAAUGUUUUUAUGUUUUGACUUAUAUUUUGGAGAAAAUAGACUUUGCCCAACCCCCUCCCCAGUUAUGACCCUUAUCGUAAUGUUCUAAGUUUGCUAUUUCCUAGAUGGCUUAUAAAAUGCCAGAUUAUCCUGCUUACACAGUCAAAGAGAAUAAUAAAACUGCAAAAACGAAGAACGAAAAGAAGGAUGGAUCAGCGAACAUGGGUUUUGAAGAAAAUUGAGAGGAAAACGCAGUCAUAUAUGUCAUGUUUUUGGUAGUGCACACGGUCAAUGGUCACAGUUUUACAGCAAUAGAAAGUAAAGCCAAGGGGGGGGGGGGGAUAUUAUGUUAAAAUGUGUAAUGUGUAGCAGACAAUUUAUAUGUAGUUUUCCUUGUCGGUAAAUAAAGGCCAAACAAAAAAUGUUACUUUCAAGCUUCUGCAUACCAACCUGUUUUUUUUAAAUGUCUCUGACUGGUUUAAACAUUGCUAAAAUUUCCCCUUUUCCCACAAAACAUGGUUUCUGUUUAACAUUUCUAUACCAUGCGAUGACUGCGAGAAAGAGUAUUUGGAUCAGUCUAUAAAACGCCAGUUUGGGUCACGGCUAAAAGAACAUAUCAAAAG